CAGUAGUUGUAGUCACUAGUCAACAAGCACAGGGUAAAGUCAGUGGGGGUCCCACCUGCUUGCUUUCUCGUUUCACUGUUCUACUGUGGAUGCCCCCCGAAUGAAAAAUCAAAUGUCGCCUUCGCCUCGCUUUUUCUCGCCAAAUGAGGUAGCCAAGCACUGCACCAAGGAUUCGUGCUGGGUGCUGGUAGGGACGCGCGUGUACGAUGUGACGGGCUUCCUUCGGAUGCACCCGGGCGGAGAGGCGCUCAUUCUCCGCCGCUCUGGCAAGGACAUCAGCCCGGAGCUAGACGGUCCACCGCACAGGCACUCGGAGAACGCCCGGAGGUGGCUGGAGCAGUACUACAUCGGCGAAAUCGACAGAGACUGCACAGAUGAAGACAUGGAGACUCUAAGACAGAGAAAGAAGAUCACAGAAGACACAACAAAUGAAGAAGCAACCGCAGCCAUCAAAAAAUGCAGCAAAGUCAAUGAAGAAACGGAUCUGGUAGAUUGGGGAAAACCGCUGGCCUGGCAGGUCGGAAACCUGGGAGAGAAUUAUGACACGUGGGUCCAUCAGCCUGUGGACCGACCGAUCCGACUGUUUGAGUCAGACUUUUUUGAGGCCAACACAAAGACUUCAUGGUACAUGGUGCCUAUUGUAUGGUUGCCAUUGGUCAUCUAUCUGAGCUGGUAUUGCUACGCAUUACUGGCACAAGAGAGUACAAGACUGUACAUUACAUCAGAUUACUCCGUUCUGAUCCACAAGUACACCUUUCCAUUUAUUUUCAUGAUCGGUAUGUUCAUUUGGUCUUUUGUCGAAUAUUGCAUCCAUCGCUUCGUCUUCCACAUGCGCCCACCUGCCCACAAUUAUUACCUCAUCAUGCUGCACUUCCUGCUGCACGGUCAGCACCACAAGUCUCCAUACGAUGGCUCUCGUCUGGUGUUUCCUCCCAGUCUGGCGGCUAUUGUUAUCGGGGGUUUCUAUGUAGCGCUCAUCAAGAUCUUUCCUGAGGGUCUGGGGACCUCGCUGUUUGUCGGAGGUCUGUGUGGAUACGUGGUCUAUGACAUGAUCCACUAUUACCUGCACUACGGCUCGCCACAGAAAGGCUCUUAUCUGUAUGGAUUAAAAGCUUACCACGUCAAACACCACUUUGAACACCAACGGGCAGGUUUCGGGAUCACCACUACAUUUUGGGACUACCCCUUCAACACAGUCAUCCCGGAGCAGACGUUUUAAAAACUCCCUUGUUUGCCACAACGACCAAAGCAAUACAUUCCCAUUAAACUCCUAUAAGCCUCUCCAUUUCCCACUGAAUCCCCGUCCAGUCUUAUGUCUUUGGUACCGUAUUAGGUACACAGUCUUACCCCUCUCUGCUGCUAUCAGCUAUAGUCUAAGGCCUUCAUGAUCAUCAGUUUUACGAAAAGGGAGAGUGCCUAAAACUUCUUGAAUCACAGAAUGUCGAGCUAUAUAAAUAUUUAUAUUUACUUUAUGAAUAUAAUGAUGAAUCAAAGAAAUCUUUUGUUUAUUAGAGGCACCAGAAUAUCACAAAACGUACUGUUUUGCCCAUCCAUAUAACAUUAGGUGAUGUAUAGAUAGACAACGGUAAGUGUGGGAUGGUGUGUGAAGGUGUGGAUGAACGAGAGCGAGAGAGAGUAUAAAUGAUUAUCUUAGUAGUCGUAGUGUUAAUGUGCUGAAAGGUGUCAGAGGGAGCCGUCAGACCCCAUGGCGGUCGUGUGAGCCAUUGCCUUUAAGGAAAACUCAGGAAAGUCUCAAACGCUUUUAUCUACUCAGUGUUGAUGCUUACGGACCAUUGGUUCCCCCGCUGUCUGUCAAACAUGGCGUCUCCUAUAACGGCCCCAAAAACUUUGGACACAUAAAAAUCUUGAGGAAAUUAUACAUCAAAUAAUUUUAAGUAAAUGUUUUUGCAGGUUUGAUGUUUUGUAUAAAAAUAAUGUGACUCAUGUGUCCAAAGAUUUUUUUUGGUGAACUGUAUUUGUGACGUUAUAUAUUUCUUAUUGCUUUUUGGUGGGGGUUAUUUCAACCCUGUCAUCUUUGGUAGUCUUUCGGCUAAAGUAGGUGGGAAUUGUUUUCCCGAACUUGAUGGUUAGAUCACAAGCCUCCGUUCUUUCUUAUCUCAUCCACUUUGAGGUGUUUUUUGCCAAUUGUCUUACUAAUAAAACAGGAAACCGAAACCAGCGCUUCUUCAAGCAAUAUUUAACAUAUCCAGUGAGAUAUUAAGUUAUAGAGGAUUCAAGCUGGCCUUUUGGUUCUCCCAAAUUCGCUGUCGCGAUUAUGAACUAAUGAGGGCAUGAAGCAGGGUGGUUGGGUCUCUCCUGUCGGUGGGGGUUGCCUGAUGUCCGUACUAGUUAUCUUAGGGUGGAGGGUCUAUAAAAAUAACUUUCGUAGAUCAAGCCAGCGCGACCCUUCCCCAUUCUGGUGUGACGAUCUGUUGCAUCUGACCAGGCUUCAGGAGAGGGCCAGCAACCGUGACUGAUCUCUCAUCAGUUCAUACGACAGAUUUUUAUGUACCGCUCUUUUCUCUCAUUUGUUCAUACCUUUUGUCUUGACACUGGUUGAUGUUGGAUAUUUUCCAGAAAGGUGAAAUGGAAGCCGUGGCCUCAUUCAGCUCCGCUUUUAUAUGGGUUGCAUUGUUUCAUUCAUGAUCACACGUUUUCACAUCAGCAUAAAUAUUAUGGUUUAUCCAGUGGUGUUACGUUGAUUUUUUUCAUUUCUUUAUAUGAGCUUCAUGAGGCCACCGUAUACCAGUUUUCUCUUGAAUAUAUCUAUAUUUAGAUAAAGAUUAUAUUAUAUAUAUAUAUUUAAGUAACAAUGAUCCUGAUGUGCCUUAGGGGCGUUCGCUACCUUUCUUUUCCCUACGAACCAGUUACAUCAUGUAAUGUAAGCCACGGGAGGGAUGUCAGGGUUCGAUUCAGGACAUUUAAAUAGGACCUUUCUUCUUACCGUGAUUAAAUGUCAGAACGAAACUAAUAAAAUGCAAUGGACUUUGUGAUGGUUUUUGAUUAUUGUAACUGUGACGCCCUCCUGAGCUCAAGUGAAUCGAUCCUACGGCACAGGAGGAUGCUUUAAGCAAGUGAACGGAGCGAUAUAUUUUUCUGUUUACACUUGUAAUUAAGGGAAGCUUUAAAUCGAAAUCUUUCAGCUACAGAUGCCUCUAAUAAAUCGCAAAAUCUGUUUACUUUGUAUUUUUAUUUUGUUUUUGGAAAUUUCUAUGCAAAUGCAAUUGUAUUUGUAAAUAAACUUAUGUAUAUUUCUGAGGAAA